AAUUUAAGGAGUCCUCACCGAGUUCUCACCCUCAACACCGACCCAGCUCAGACUGAUCCCGUGGAAAUGAAGGCCCUUCUCUACACCACUGCCACACUGCUGCUAUGGGGCUUCAGCUCCACAGGGCCUGUUGUGUUCCCCACAGAGACAGGUGUGUGCUGGGCCAUGGGCGACCCCCAUUUCCGUACCUUUGAUGGCUACUAUUACAACUUCAUGGGCAACUGUAGCUACACCAUCAGCAGGAACUGUGAGGUGGACUACCACCACCCACCCUUCCAGGUGGACAUCACCAACAAGCUGCUGCCUGAUACUCACCUCACAGCCGUCAGCGAGGUCACCGUCUCCAUCUACGGCAUGAAGAUACAGAUGGUGCGCUCAGAACUUGGCACCAUCAGGGUCGAUGGUCAGACGUUCCUCUUGCCCUUCUCCAUGUCCAACACGCUGGGCACAGUGCGUCUGGUCCAGAGCGGGCUCUCGGCAGUGCUGUGGACAGACUUCGGCAUGACGGUGCAGUACGACUGGCAGGAGUAUGUUUCCGUGACCAUGCCCAGCAGCUUCAUGGGCCGCGUCUGCGGACUCUGCGGAAACUUCAACGGCAAUGAGGACGACGACCUUGCACUUAGCAACGGCACCAAGGCAACCAGCGUCAUAGAGAUGGGACAGAGCUGGAGGGUACCCGGGCUUGCAGGUGAAGAUGAGAACUGCAAGGACGAGUGCACGGGAGAGUGCGCUGAGUGCAACUGGCGUAAGCGUUUUGCGGCGGACAUGUUUUGCGGCGCGCUGACACCCAUCCUAGACUUCCAGUUCCGCGACUGCCACGCCGUCAUCGACCCCAGCAUCUUCUUCAGCAUGUGCAAGUUCGACCACUGCCGCGGCGGGGGGCUGAAGGACUACCUGUGCCGCAUACUGGAGGUCUACACCGACGCCUGCCAGAGGGCGGGGGUCAAAGUUCACAACUGGAGACACCUGGCUCGCUGUGCUGAUCCUGCAUGCCCGUCGCACAGCCACUUUGAGGAGUGUGGCAGCGCCUGCACCCCCACCUGUCUCACCAACAGCACAUGUCACCUGCCCUGUGUUCAGACCUGCGUCUGCGAGGACGGCUACAUACGCAGCGGAAACCAGUGUGUCAGCAAAACUAAACUGUGCCUCAAUAACAUGAUGGUGGUCUAAAAAGAAUGGUUUUGAGAUAUUUGUUAAUGGGUGUGGAUACAUGAAUGAUUUAAUGAUAUUCAUUAUGCUUGAUGUAUUGAAAAUAAACCUGUUUAAAAAAAUA